GCUGGGCUCGGGGCGCCUCCUGGGCGCGCGCCCUGGGCUGCUCGGCCGCCGCGGCCCCGCGCGCCCGGCAUGUCGGUGCACUACACCCUCAACCUGCGCGUCUUCUGGCCGCUGGUGACCGGCCUGUGCACCGCCCUCGUGUGCCUCUACCAUGUCCUGCGGGGAAGCGCGGGCGCCCCGGCCGAGCCCCCCGACGGCGCGGACAGCGGCUUCCCGCUGCUCAAAGUGGCCAUCCUGCUCCUGCUCGGCUACGUCCUCCUGCGCUGUCGCCACUUGGUGCGGCAGCGCUUCCUGCCCGGCUCUUCUCGCCUGGCGGGCCACUCGCCUUUCUCUCCUAGACACUUGCGAGAGCCCGGCCUGAGCAUCCUGCUGGAGAGUUACUACGAGCACGAGGUGCGCCUGUCCCCGCAUGUGCUGGGCCAUAGCAAGGCGCACGUGAGCCGGAUCGUGGGCGAGCUGGUGAGGGCUGGCCGUGCGCGGGGCUCCCCGGGUCCCAUCCCUGGAGGAGCGCUGGCCUUGGCCUUCCGCGGAGACUUCAUCCAAGUGGGCAGCUCCUACGAGCAGCAUAAAAUCCGCCGCCCUGACAGCUUCGACGUGCUGGUGCCCCUGCGCCUCCCUCCACCGGUGGCGCUGGAGCCGCGGAGCCUGGGCACGGAGCCCGCGCUGGCCCCUGCCUUCGGCAGCUGCUUCGUGUGCGCCCUCAAGGCGCCGCCCUCGCUGUCGGGGACCUCCGGGGGCCAGUGGCUUCGGGACUGCAAACCCUUCGCGGACGGCUUCUGCGUGGAUGUGCGCGGGCGGCGCCAUCUCUCUGCCGCGUCGGUGCUGCGUUGGUUCCAGUCGCACCUGCAGCGCUCCCUGGCUACCGUGCGCUACAGCUUGGAGGGGCGCUGUCGGGUCAGCCUGACCCCCGGCGGCCUGGAGCAGCCUCCCACCCUCCACAUCCUGCCCUGCCGCACCGACUACGGUUGCUGCCGCCUUUCCAUGGCUGUGCGUCUCAUCCCCGCCGUCCAUCUGGGCGACGGUGUCUUCCUUGUGGCACCGCCACCGCCACCUUCGCCCGUCGGGCCCCUGUUGGAGCUCCCAGGAGGCCUGCGCACUGAGGCGCUGUGGGGUGUGAACACAGCUCGUCAGGAGCAGAAGCUCCUGGGGUGGCUGCAGGAACGGGCCCCUCCAGGUGCCUGCUACCUCAAGUGCCUGCAGUUGCUUAAGGCUCUGCGAGACCUGGGCGCCCGCGGGCUGGACCCGGUGGCUGCCACCCAGUGGGGACGCAUCCUGUCGUCGUAUGUGCUCAAGACGGUGCUGCUGACGGUGCUGCUGCGCGAUGGGGUCCCUGCCCACGGCUGGGAGGAGGCGCACCUGAGCGAGUGCUUGGAAGAGUUGGUGCAGUUCCUUCGGGGCUGUCUGCUGAGACGGCACACGCUCUUCCACUGUGUACUGGGCCCCGGAGGGGCGGCCACCGAAGUGGGCCCGCUGCCCAAGGUACUGCGUGAAGCCGCCCCGGUUGACCUUCUGGCCGCCUUCGACCCACACGCCCGCGAACUCACAGCGGCGAGGCUGCUGUCCACGUGGCGAAGGCUGCCGCAGCUUCUCCAGGCCUACGGGGGUCCCCGCUACCUUGCCAGGUGCCCCCCACCCAGGAGUCAGCGCACACAGGGGUUCCCUGAAGAUGAACCCUAAACCUUGACAGCAGUUGCACCUGACCAAAUGCUCCUAAAACCUUUCCCUUCGGGUGACUGUAGGGAUGAAGCCAAAGGCAAGAUGACUGUGUUGGACAAUUUGGAGGAUGCCACAGGCUUUGGUGGCUUAGAUGUCACCCCUGGCUCCACAACCGAAUAUAUAGUUACUGCAUCUUCUUAACAUCCACAGGACGGUUCUGAACAAACUGGCAUAAUGCCCAGCUGCAGCUGUUGAGAUUUGGCCACAAGGGUGAUCUGUGUGGAAUCUUGCAGAGAGAUCUGUUCCCAGGGAAAUCUAAAAGAGAAAGCAAAAACUAGCUACAAAGCAAGUUCCCUCGGUCAGUUUCUAGACACAGACCUCAGUGCACCCAGAUUUUUUAAAAUUAACAAAUGUUUAUGACAGACCUAUUUGCUAGAAAGUAGGUUCCCAACUGAAUUGAAAAAAAAAAAAAAAGAAAGAAAGAAAAAGGAAGAAAACUCUCUGAAUCUUUAGGGACAAUUGAAGUUCUAGUGCAGCAUUUAGUAUUCCGAGGAACAUUGUUUCUCUAUUCAAAUUAAUAUCAAUGUAUUUUAUGGUGCAAUCACAGAUGUUUGAUAGGAUGCUCAAGAGCAAGUAGCACUUUAUGCUGAUCACUUUUCUUGUUUUGUGGUGGGAGCACCAAGCCUUGCAGCUGAAAGGAAGGCCGGUUACUUUUAUUAUGAAGACAUGUGCAGCUUUGAAAAGCAGCCAGGAGUUGCUUCACAUGCCCCCAGGCUACGAGCUGCACUGGGUACCAGUCAGUCAACACCAGUUUGUUGAGCGCCUACUGUGAGCCAGCACAAGGCAGAGCAGCAACAAAAUACAUAAUUGACACUGGUGCAGGCAUGAAACAUGUUGGAUCUUGAGAAAGAGACUGUUCGGUCUUUUGCCUAUAAAGAUGUCUGGCCAGCCUUUGCUUCUGGCUGAACACAGAACCCUUUUUGGUUUUAAGGAUUUUGAAGCAAACUCCUCCGCAAGGGUGUCUUUCUGAGUAGCUAGAGGCUGAAAGUUUCUUCUUGCUUGCCCGGGGAAGCCCAAAUGGUCCCAAAGGGCCAGCUUUGAGAGGCUCUUGAUUCAGCUUGGGUUUUGCAAAACAGUCACAUACAGAUCAGUACCUCGGGAUCUGUCCUAGAGAUCAGUGACUCCGGAUCCCAGGGCAGAGCCCUAAGUUAGAGGAAGAGCAGGAGAGACAGCAGCAGUCUGCUCUUUUUUUCUCUUUGGGUGCAG